AUGGCCCUGUGGGACGGUAAGAACCGUAUACCCUCUCCUCUCACCUGUGCUAACCCUACCUUCCUUAUUUUUCUUCUUCUUCUUCAAUUAGGUUUAAUGGCCGUUGGCCUCCAAUAUGUUGCAUUACCGCCACCAACUUGACUGGUGUAUAAAUCCAUUAUACACUACAUGACCAAAAGUCUGUGGACACCAGCUCGUCGAACAUCUCAUUCCAAAAUCAUGGGCAUUAACAUAGAGUUGGUCCCCCCUUUGCUGCGAUAACAGCCUCCACUCUUCUGGGAAGGCUUUCCAAUAGAUAUUGGAACAUUGCUGCAGGGACUUGCUUCCAUCUACCACAAGAGCAUUAAUGAGGUCAGGCACUGAUGUUGGGCGAUUAGGCCUGGCUUGCUGUCGGCGUUCCAAUUCAUCCAAAAGGUGUUCAAUGGGGUUGAGGUCAGGGCCAGGUCAGGUCAAUGCAGGCCAGUUAAGUUCUUCCACACCAAUCUCGACAAACCAUUUCUGUAUGGACCUCGCGUUGUGCACGGGGCCAUUGUAACGCUGAAAAAGGAAAGGUACUUCCCCAAACUGUUGCCACAAAGUUGAAAGCACAGAAUUGACACACAAUUAAUUUUCUCCUUUCCCCCUUCUGAUAACUGUGGUGAACUGUAGAGUUUAAUGGACUAUGAGGUAGAACUGGGUUAAUCAAGAGCAUAACGUUAGAAUUCUUUGUUACUGGUCCAGGAAUUGUAUUGGGUCAUUUAAUUUCACUGUGUGGGUGAGUAGAGAGGGAAUCUGCCCUAGAUUCAAACUGCUUGCUCUUACUUAAAUCCAUGGCUGUCUUAUCUGAUGAGAGAUUGAAACUAGCUUGUGGCCUUUUGUCUCUCUCUUCAAACACCGUGAAGGGAGCGGCAACAGGGUUGAAUGGAGUUAAGGCUAGACCUUUGUCUCCUUGGUAUCUUCUUGAUUGAUUACAGCAUGAUGGGGUGAGGUUUGUGUAUGUUAGGGCCUUGUCAUGUUUAAACUAAACAUGAGUGUGUGUGCAAGACAGGGGAGUGAGUGAUUGGUUGGAGUAUUAUGUGCAUAAUAAAAGUCGAGUUUAGCCGCCCUCAGAGACAAAGGGUGAUAAAGAGCGGGAAACUGAAGAGGGAGGGAUAUAGAGCUGGAAGAGUUGGGGAUGAUGGUAUAUAAUGUGACGUGAGAGAGAGAGAACGGGGUGCCACUCUGCAGACUGGUAUCGGCUUUGUUGAAACUUUAAUAAAGUAAUUUCUUGAUGCAACAAAAACUCUGUAAGACCUUAUUUGUAAUAAAGUAUAGUGGUUAUUUUCCACAACAUAACCAGGUGGCGAAUCGCAUCACUGCAUGUCUGGUAGACAUAUCAGUGUGGAUGUCGGAUCACCACCUCAAGCUGAACCUCGGCAAGAUGGAGCUGCUCUUCCUCCCGGGGAAGAACUGCCCGCUCCAUGAUCUCGCCAUCACGGUUGGCAACUCCAUUGUGUCCUCCUCCCAGAGUGCAAAGAACCUUGGCGUGACCCUGGACAACACCCUGUCGUUCUCCGCUAACAUCAAAGCGGUGACCCGAUCCUGCAGGUUCAUGCUCUACAACAUUUGCAGAGUACGACCCUACCUUACACAGAAAGCGGCACAGGUCCUAAUCCAGUCACUUGUCAUCUCCCGUCUGGAUUACUGCAACUCGCUGUUGGCUCGGCUCCCUGCCUGUGCCAUUAAACCCCUACAACUUAUCCAGAACGCUGCAGCCCGUCUGGUGUUCGACCUUCCCAAGUUCUCUCAUGUCACCCCGCUCCUCCGCACACUCCACUGGCUUCCAGUUGAGGAUCGCAUCUACUACAAGACCAUGGUGCUUGCCUACGGAGCUGUGAGGGGAACGGCAUCUCCUUACCUUCAGGCUCUGAUCAGACCCUACACCCAAAUGAGGGCACUACGUUCAUCCACCUCUGGCCUGCUAGCUUCCCUACCUCUACGGGAGCACAGUUCCCGCUCAUCCCAGUCAAAGCUAUUUGCUGCUCUGGCACCCCAAUGGUGGAACAAGCUCCCCCACGACGCCAGGACAGCGGAGUCACUGACCACCUUCCAGAGACACUUGAAACCCUACCUCUUUAAGGAAUACCUGGAAUAGUAUAAAGUAAUCCUUCUAUCUCCCCCCCCAUACAAAAAAAAGAAGAAAAAAAGUGCUUGUCCCACUGGCUAUCAUAAGUUGAAUGCACCAAUUUGUAAGUCGCUCUGGAUAAGAGCGUCUGCUAAAUGAUGUAAAUGUAAAUGUAGAAUAUCAUUGUAUGCUGUAGCGUUAAGAUUUCCCUUCACUGGAACUAAGGGGCCUAGCCCGAACCAUGAAAAACAGCCGCAGAUGAUUAUUCCUCCGCUACCAAACUUUAACGUUGGCACUAUGCAUUGGGGCAGGUAGCGUUCUCCUUGCAUCCGCCAAACCCAGAUUAGUCCGUCGGACUGCCAGAUUGUGAAGCGUGAUUCAUCACUCCAGAAAACGCGUUUCCACUGCUCCAGAGUCCAAUGGUGGCCAGAUUUACACCACUCCAGCCAACGCUUGGCAUUGCGCAUGGUGAUCUUAGGUUUUUGUGUGGCUGCUCGGCCAUGGAAACCCAUUUCAUGAUUCUCCCAACUAACAGUUUCUGUGCUGACGUUGCUUCCAGAGGCCGUUUGGAACUCGGUAGUGAGUGUUGCAACCGAGGACAGAAGAUUUAUACGCGCUAUGCGCUUCAGCACUCAACAGUCCAGUUCUGUGAGCUUGUGUGGCCUACCACUUCGCGGCUGAGCCAUUGUUGCUCCUAGAUGUUUCCACUUCACAAUAACAGCACUUACAGUUGACCGGGGCAGCUCUAGCAGGGCAGAAAUUUGACGAAAUGACUUGUUGGAAAGGUGGCAUCCUAUGACGCUGCCACUUUGAAAGUCACUGAGCUCUUCAGUGAGGCCAUUCUACUGACAAUGUUUGUCUAUGGAAAUUGCAUGGCUGUGUGCUUGAUUUUAUACACCUGUCAGCAACAGGUGUGGCUGAAAUAGCCGAAUCUGCAAUGUCAUACUCUUUUUGACCAGACAGCAUCUGAUAGAUGGGCUACACAUACUGAGAAUGAGGGGUGCUGUUUCUCCGGUGAGAUACAUUCAGCCUCUUGCGACUUGAAGGGAAAUUAUAAAACACAGUGAAACGAAAGAUACAGUGGCUUGCGAAAGUAUUCACCCCCUUGGCAUUUUUCCUAUUUUGUUGCCUUACAACCUGGAAUUAAAAUGGAUUUUCUGGGGGUUUGUAUCAUUUGAUUUACACAACAUGCCUACCCCCCCCCCCCCCCCCCCCCCCCUUUGACUAGGCCAUUCCAAGACAUUUAAAUGUUUCCCUGUAAACCACUCGAGUGUUGCUUUAGCGGUAUGCUUAGGGUCAUUGUCCUGCUGGAAGGUGAACCUCCGUCCCAGUCUCAAAUCUCUGGAAGACUAAAACAGGUUUCCCUCAAGAAUUUCCCUGUAUUUGGCACCAUCCAUCAUUCUUUCAAUUCUGACCAGUUUCCCAGUCCCUGCCGAUUAAAAACAUUCCCACAGCAUGAUGCUGCCACCACCGUGCUUCACUGUGGGGAUGGUGUUCUCGGGGUGAUGAGAGGUGUUGGGUUUGCCCCAGACAUAGCGUUUUCCAUGAUGGCCAAAAAGCUCAAUUUUAGCUCAUCUGACCAGAGUACCUUCUUCCAUAUGUUUGGGGAGUCUCCCGCAUGGCUUUUGGCGAACACCAAGCGUGUUUGCUUAUUUUUUUCUUUAAGCAAUGGCUUUUUUCUGGCCACUCUUCCGUAAAGCCCAGCUCUGUGGAGUGUAUGGCUUAAAGUGGUCCUAUGGACAGAUACUCCAAUCUCCGCUGUGGAGCUUUUCAGCUCCUUCAGGGUUAUCUUUGGUCUCUAUGUUGCCUCUCUGAUUAAUGCCCUCCUUGCCUGGUCCGUGAGUUUUGGUGGGCGGCCCUCUCUUGGCAGGUUUGUUGUGGUGCCAUAUUCUUUAAAUGUUUUUAUAAUGGAUUUAAUGGUGCUCCGUGGGAUGUUCAAAGUUUGAGACUUUUUUUUAUAACCCAACCCUGAUCUGUACUUCUCCACAACUUUGUCCCUGACAUGUUUAGAGAGCUCCUUGGUCUUCAUGGUUCCGCUUGCUUGGUGGUGCCCCUUGCUUAGUGGUGUUGCAGAUUCUGUGACCUUUCAGAACAGGUGUAUAUAUACUGAGAUCAUGUGACACUUAGAUUGCACACAUGUGGACUUUAUUUAACUAAUUAUGUGACUUCUGAAGGUAAUUGGUUGCACCAGAUCUUAUUUAGGGGCUUCAUAGCAAAGGGGGUGAAUACAUAUGCACGCACCACUUUUCCGUUAUUUAUUUUUUAGAAUUAUUUGAAACAAGUAAUUUUUUUCAUUUCACUUUACCAAUUUGGACUAUUUUGUGUAUGUCCAUUACAUGAAAUCCAAAUAAAAAUCAAUUUCAAUUAUAGGUUGUAAUGUAAACAAAGUAGGAAAAACAGCAAGAGGGAUAAAUACUUUUGCAAAUUUUUUGGUACAUUUUUGGGGGAAGUCUGGCUUCCCUUGGCAUCCAUCACGCCACUACUAUUCCUGCUCUUUUCCCAUGAUCCAUCAAACGCAUUUAGUGUGUCAUGGUCAACUUACACUUUUUUCAAUGCUUAUUUGAAUGUCAUUGAGAAAACAGAAAGGUGUCAAAGAUUUUUUUGAAUUUCUGUAUUUAAAAUUAAUCAUAGAAGUAAUCAUCAACUUUUUAAAAAAAAGUGUCUGUAAUCUGAUUACAAUAUUUUUGCUGGUAACAUAACGGAUUACAGGGAUUAUUUUUUUUUUUUUACAUGUAAUCCGUUACUCCCCAACGCUGACUGUCUCUAGUGUGGACAUUACAUCACACACAGAGCAAAUAGAACUUCACUGCCCACUGUCUAUACAGUGGGGGAAAAAAGUAUUUAGUCAGCCACCAAUUGUGCAAGUUCUCCCACUUAAAAAUAUGAGAGAGGCCUGUAAUUUUCAUCAUAGGUACACGUCAACUAUGACAGACAAAAUGAAAAAAAAAAUCUCCAGAAAAUCACAUUGUAGGAUUUUUAAUGAAUUUAUUUGCAAAUUAUGGUGGAAAAUAAGUAUUUGGUCAGCAACAGUUUUCACACACUGUUGCUGGUAUUUUGGCCCAUUCCUCCAUGCAGAUCUCCUCUAGAGCAGUGAUGUUUUGGGGCUGUCGCUGGGCAACACGGACUUUCAACUCCCUCCAAAGAUUUUCUAUGGGGUUGAGAUCUGGAGACUGGCUAGGCCACUAAAGGACCUUGAAAUGCUUCUUACGAAGCCACUCCUUCGUUGCCCGGGCGGUGUGUUUGGGAUCAUUGUCAUGCUGAAAGACCCAGCCACGUUUCAUCUUCAAUGCCCUUGCUGAUGGAAGGAGGUUUUCACUCAAAAUCUCACGAUACAUGGCCCCAUUCAUUCUUUCCUUUACACGGAUCAGUCGUCCUGAUCCCUUUGCAGAAAAACAGCCCCAAAGCAUGAUGUUUCCACCCCCAUGCUUCACAGUAGGUAUGGUGUUCUUUGGACUCAACUCAGCAUUCUUUGUCCUCCAAACACGACGAGUUGAGUUUUUACCAAAAAGUUAUAUUUUGGUUUCAUCUGACCAUAUGACAUUCUCCCAAUCCUCUUCUGGAUCAUCCAAAUGCACUCUAGCAAACUUCAGACGGGCCUGGACAUGUACUGGCUUAAGCAGGGGGACACGUCUGGCACUGCAGGAUUUGAGUCCCUGGCGGAGUAGUGUGUUACUGAUGGUAGGCUUUGUUACUUUGGUCCCAGCUCUCUGCAGGUCAUUCACUAAGUCCCCCCGUGUGGUUCUGGGAUUUUUGCUCACCGUUCUUGUGAUCAUUUUGACCCCACGGGGUGAGAUCUUGCGUGGAGCCCCAGAUCGAGGAAGAUUAUCGGUGGUCUUGUAUGUCUUCCAUUUCCUAAUAAUUGCUCCCACAGUUGAUUUCUUCAAACCAAGCUGCUUACCUAUUGCAGAUUCAGUCUUCCCAGCCUGGUGCAGGUCUACAAUUUUGUUUCUGGUGUCCUUUGACAGCUCUUUGGUCUUGGCCAUAGUGGAGUUUGGAGUGUGACUGUUUGAGGUUGUGGACAGGUGUCUUUUAUACUGAUAACAAGUUCAAACAGGUGCCAUUAAUACAGGUAACGAGUGGAGGACAGAGGAGCCUCUUAAAGAAGAAGUUACAGGUCUGUGAGAGCCAGAAAUCUUGCUUGUUUGUAGGUGACCAAAUACUUAUUUUCCACCAUAAUUUGCAAAUAAAUUCAUUACAAAUCCUACAAUGUGAUUUUCUGGAUUAGUUUUUCUCAAUUUGUCUGUCAUAGUUGGCGUGUACCUAUGAUGAAAAUUACAGGCCUCUCUCAUAUUUUUAAGUGGGAGAACUUGCACAAUUGGUGGCUGACUAAAUACUUUUUUUCCCCACUGUAGCUGUUGGCCUACACCAUUGUCUCUAUUGUGUACAUUACAUUACCCAGCAAAUAGAGCUCUGCUAACUGUAUGCCAAUGGUUUACUGUGCAAUAGUCUCUCAUGACAGACUGUCAGCACACUCAGAUUUGCUUCCGUGUUCCAAUGAUCAAAUGUGCGAUUACAUUGUCAUAUAGGGAAAUUAAGUACUUCGUAUAAUAACAACCAAUUGAUAAUGAGUUAAAUAUCAUGAGUGGUUACAUAUCAUGAAACGGCUACAUUAUACAUUCCAAAGCCAUCAUAUAGCAUUUCAGCUACAUAAAACGUCCAUUCUAUGCUCACGUCAGAUAGCCUACAUAAACCAUCAAUCUACAAUCUUCUCAUUUUUUGUCACAGUUAACGAGAAAUGUGCCAGUGACAGGUCUUUGUGAAGAACUGUGUAGAAUGGUAGAUGACAAGGAGGAGUCAUAGCUGAGGAUGAUGGUGAAAUCCCAUCAGAGCAGAGGCACAAAUCCCCCAGUCUAGGAAAUCCGGUCUCCAUCUUGGAUAAGCCCAAAGCGCUCCGAACUGGAUCCAAUUUACUAAAUGCUUUGAUGGAGAGUUCUGAACAUGAGAGUUUUUCAUUUGAGUAAAAAUUUACAUCUUGAAACAUGGAGCUAUCUGAGGCCAUUUGAAAGUUAUAACUGUAUUCUAAAUUCUGUAAGGCAUGCGUAAAGAGAUCUUCAUUAUACCUAAUAAUACUACAAUACCACUGUCUUAGAGUUUGAUGUAGAGUGUGAAAGGAUUCUGAAAGGAUUAAAUUUAUAAAAUAAAAAAAGCAAUGCUCCAUAUUGAUGAUUGUCAAAAACUGGAUAUUCAACCCAUGUUUCAUUUGAACCACUUACACAUCUCCCUGUAUAAAUAUUAUAUCAUCUACAUAUUGAAGGCUAUAAUGGAACUCUUGAACAAAUAGAAUCUAACCUCCAGUGUUCUUGUUGAACAUAUGCUCAUAUUUGUCCAUUAAACUGAGAAACAGUUGAGCCAGCUGAUUUUCUAAAAGGAACAAACUAAAUCUUCCUUGAAGCAGGUCUAACGGUUAGCAGGGAAUUACAGUAUGUUGAAAAUGGAGUCAGAAUACACUCAGAAAGCCCCAAGAUGCUCAGAAACUCUUCUGUGUGAAUUAUUGCAGAUAAAUCAGGGUAUUCAAGACUGCAGCAGCAUAGAACGAACGCUGCAGCGAACCCAAAGAAGUAAAAGUCAAAUUUCCACAGUAUGGAAACGUUGUCAAGUAUCAGGUGGAGAAAAAUAAUUACAUUGCGUCAAGAAUAUAUUUAUAACGUUUUGGCGAGUGUACCCCCGGGCAAAGCCAAGCCAACAAUGUGGUGCUUUUUCUUCAUCUUCUCAAUUCAUUUAUGAAUGUUUGUCCUUGGUGCUGCCUGCUAGCAUUCUUGGUGGCUCUCCAGGUCUUUGGAUCCCAUAUUCAUAAUAUUGACAAAUAAAUGAGUUUGAGAGGCUGUUCCAAGCCCACCCCACCCCCCUACUCAUUUUCACAUCCACACACACAUACAGAUAUACAACACAGUGUCACGCCCUGACUCAGGGGACUCUUAUAUGUUGAGUCAGGGUGUGUAUAUUCUUUGUUGUGUAUGUUCUAUGUUGUAUAUUCUAGUAUGUGUGGAUCUAUGUUGGCCGGUGUGGUUCCCAAUCAGAGGCAGCUGUCGCUCGUUGUCUCUGAUUGGGGACCAUACUUAGGCAGCCUAUGGGCACUAUUGAGUUGUGGGAUCUUGUUCCGUGUAAGGUAUGUUGUGUGUAUCUACCUUAGGACUUCACGUUUCGUUUCGUUUAUUGUUUUGUCGUGUGUUUAUUUAGUUAAAUAAACAUGUACGUAUAUCACGCUGCGCCUUGGUCUGUCCCGUCAUUAAACGAACGUGACAGAAGAUCCCACCAAACGAGGACCAAGCAGCGUGCCCAGGCGGAGAGGAUGGCCAUGUCACAGGUGGCCAAUUUGUGGUCAUGGGAGGAGAUAUUUGCGGGGAGAGGACCAUGGGCUAAGUUAGAUGCCCAGGCAGGAGAGGAGCAACGGCAACACGGAGGAGGCCGGUCGAGGAGGAAGCCCGAGAAGCAGCCCCAAUAAAACAUUUUUGGGGGGCACACGGGGUGGUUGGCGGAGCCUAGGGUUAGAGCAGAGCCAACUCCCUGUACUCACGCGAAGAGGCGUAUGACUGGGCAAGCUCCGUGUUAUGCGGGGCUACAUACUGUGUCGCCAGUGCGCCGGCACAGUCCUGUACGUCCUGUACUUGCACCACGCACGUGCCGUGCGAAGAUGGGCAUCCAGCCAGGACGGGGUGUGCCGGCUCAACGCUCCUGGUCUCCAGUACACCUCCUCGGUCCAGCAUAUCCUGCGCCAGUUCUUCGAACUGUAUCACCAGUGCGCGUGCACAGCCCAGUGCGUCCUGUGCCAGCACCCCGCACGUGUAGUGCAAAAGUGGGCAGCCAGCCAGGACGGGUUGUGCCAGCUCUCCGCUCUAGACCUCCAGUCCGCCUCCACAGUCCGGCCCGGCCUGUUCCUGCUCCUCGCACCAAGCCAGUGGUGCGCGUCACCAGCCCGGCCCGGCCUGUUCCUGCUCCUCGCACCAAGCCAGUGGUGCGCGUCGCCAGUCAGGCCCCGCCCAUUCCUGCCCCUCGCACCAAGCCAGUGGUGUGCGUCACCAGUCCGGCUCGGCCUGUUCCUGCUCAUCGCACCAAGCCAGUGGUGCGCGUCGCCAGCCCGGCCCGGUCCGUUCCUGUCCCUCGCACCAAACCAGUGGUGCAUGUUCCUAGUCCGGUCCGGCCCAUGCCUGCUCCUCGCACCAGACCAGUGGUGCGUUUGUCCAGUCCGGCACGGCCUGUGCCCUUUCCACCGAUGCAUGGUCCGGCACCGGUCAGCUGCUCCACUCCGGAGCCAGAGCAGUCCGCUCCACCGAUGCCUGAUCCAGUGCCGGUCAGCUGUUCCACUCCGGAGCAGUCCGCUCCACCGGGGUCCAGUCCAGCUCCGGUCAGCUGCUCCACUCCGGAGCCAGAGCAGUCCGCUCCACCGGUGCCUGAUCCAGCUCCGGUCAGCUGCGCCACUCCGGAGCCAGAGCAGUCCGCUCCACCGGGGUCCAGUCCAGCUCCGGUCAGCGGCUCCACUCCGGAGCCAGAACAGUCCGCUCCACCGGUGCCCAGUCCAGCUUCGGUCAGCGGCUCCAGUCCAGACCAUGACAUCAGCCCCUCUCCAGGUUCGGGGUCUCCCACACCAGGGUCCAGACAGGGCCUGGUGUAUCGUGGGAGGAAGGGGAGGAGAAGCAGCGCGCCAAAGUCCAGACCAGACCAGGGGCGCAACAGGGAGGCGGAGAGUGAGAGGUCGUCACGCCCCGAGCCGGAUCCGCCUCCGAGGCGGAAUGCCCACCCGGCCCCUACCCUGUUAGGUUUAUGUUGUGCGGUCGGAGUCCGCACCUUUGGGGGGGGGGUACUGUCACGCCCUGACUCAGGGGACUCUUAUAUGUUGAGUCAGGGUGUGUAUAUUCUUUGUUGUGUAUGUUCUAUGUUGUAUAUUCUAGUAUGUGUGGAUCUAUGUUGGCCGGUGUGGUUCCCAAUCAGAGGCAGCUGUCGCUCGUUGUCUCUGAUUGGGGACCAUACUUAGGCAGCCUAUGGGCACUAUUGAGUUGUGGGAUCUUGUUCCGUGUAAGGUAUGUUGUGUGUAUCUACCUUAGGAGUUCACGUUUCGUUUCGUUUAUUGUUUUGUCGUGUAUUUAUUUAGUUGAAUAAACAUGUACGCAUAUCACGCUGCGCCUUGGUCUGUCCCGUCAUUAAACGAACGUGACACACAGACAGUCAUUCAGUGAUGCAACUUAUCUCCAGAGAGAGUUUUUGACACUGUGGCACAUCUCCCAAGAGUUUGUUGCUAUUGAAAUAGAUUAUUUAUAAUUUAUCAGAGUUAACUGUAAUUACUUUUUAACUCAGUUGCAUGGUCCAUUUUUCAGACCACUGAUACUGCGAUACCAAUCUACUGUGUUACUGUGUUGCAGCACUGCGCAUACCAAUCUACUGUGCCAUAUUUUGUAUUUCAAUCUAAUUGACUCUGAUUCUCUCUGUUUCUCUCUCACUGUCACUACCAUCUGUUUGUCCAUAUUGUGUGAUCCUGCAUUUUGUCCUUGCGGCUCCGCUCCAGACGUCACUUUUGGCCUCCUCCUCGGUGUGUUUGUGGUGUGUGGCUUGGUCCUGCUGACUCUCUGUGCCUUCGCCUCCUGGAAGCUGUGCUGGGUGCCUUAUUUGCGGAAUAAAGAGGCAGCAGCCCUCUCCUCCAGCUCUGCAGCCCUCAACCCGGCCUGCGGUCCCCCAGACGACUGCCCCCCCUUCCACCUCCAUCUCCACCCUCCUCACCCCCUCCACCACCACCAGCGCAAGUUCCUCCCCAGCCCCAACCAGCAGAAGUCACCGGUCACCAUGGCUACGGAUAAGGUGAAAGACCCGAUGGGUUCCAUGGGAUUCCUGGAGGCUGCUGUGAAGAUAAGCCACACGUCGCCUGACAUCCCCGCCGAGGUGGAGCUCUCGAUGAGGGAGCACUUUUUGAGGCGCACGCAACGCAUGCAGCGGCAGGCCACUGAGCCCGCUUCCUCCACCAGGUUAGAACAAAUGGUCAUAGACACACACACACACACACACACAUGCUCUCUCACAGAAACACACACACACACAGAGGCAUGGUCAGAAAAACUGAAUGGCUCUGGUAGAAAUAUCAAAAGUCAGUUUAAAGAACCCCCUCAUAGAAACCUGACAUGUACACAGGGACAGUACAGGCCAAAUCUCCACAUAAUGGCAACAAAGAUAGAAAAUCUACCUGAAUCCACUUGAGUAUUUCACAGCCACACACACAUACACACACACGCACACAUACAUACACACGCACACACACACACACAAACACACACAUACAGUACAGUACACACAUACACAGAGGCAUGGUCAGAAAAACUGAAUUGGUCAGGUAGUCAGCAGAAAUAUCUAUAGUCAGUUAUAAAGAAAUGUCAUAGGGACCUCACAAAUCUCCUAAUAACGGCACUAACAAAGUUAUGAAUUAACUUUUAUCUGAAUUCAAUUUGUUAUUCUACAGCUGUUUGAAAAUACAAUUUCUACAUGAUUAUCUUAGUGAAAAGACUAUUAUGUUUCAAUUUGUUUCGGUUCUCCCAAGCCCUUGUAUUACUUUCAGCCUGUGAGCCAUUUGGUGCUGUUCAUUUAAAAUAAGGUCACUAAUAUCUCCAGACCACUUCAUGAGAAGUAAUGCAAUACACUUAAAAGCGUACAAUCACCAGAAAAACAAUCCCACAGACAUUAUUCUACAUAGCCACAACUACAAUGGGGGGUCUAAUUAUUGGAUGUACCUCGAAUAGUUUUGCAAUAAUAUAAUCUCUGUGCCCUGUUGUCUUGAAAUACCCAUACCCAUCCUGAAUAACAACCCCCUAAGAUGAGGACAGUUUAUACUACUGACUAAGAUACAUUGGGCGGCAGGUAGCUUAGUGGUUAAGAGCGUUGUGCCAGUAACCGAAAGGUCGCUGGUUCUAAUCCCUGAGCCUACUAGGUGAAAAUUCUGUUGGUGUGCCCUUGAGCAAGGAGCUAAUUGCUCCUGUAAGUCGCUCUGGAUAAGAGUGUCUGCUAAAUGACAAAAAAAAAAAACAUUUAAUUUGGGACCAUGUAGUUUUAGGUUGCAGAAACACUAUUAAGAUCGAGAAACCACUUGGAAUUGAAUUCACCUGCUGGGCACUCAAGCAAUUUUUCAAAACACUGACCUUUCCAGACGCCACAAUGAAGCUGUUCAUAUUUCUCCCUCCUCUCCUCUCUCUCUGCCUUUUUACACACAGCCCAUCGCUAAUACAGGCUGCAUGGUUUAGUGGGGUUCUCAUAUUUUUCCCUCCUCUCUCUUCUGUCUCUGCAGGCACAGCUCAUUCAAAAGGCACCUGCCCAGGCAGAUGCAGUCGAUCAGCCUGGACCUGGGCAACGACUAUGCGGACGAGGACGAGCAGCCCACCAGCAUCGGACGCAUCAAACCAGAACUCUACAGACAGAAGACCUUGGACACAGACGAGUCCGCCAAGAACAGCAACGCCAAGAACUGUGGGAAGAUCAACUUCUCGCUGAAGUACGACUAUGAGAAUGAGGCCCUCCUGGUCAACAUCCUCAAGGCCUUCGACCUGCCCGCCAAGGACCUGUGUGGCAGCUCCGACCCCUACGUCAAAAUUUAUCUUCUCCCAGAUCGCAAGAAGUUUCAGACGCGCGUCCACCGGAAGACGCUCAACCCCACGUUUGACGAGUCCUUCCAGUUCCCCGUGCCUUAUGACGAGCUGGCCGUUAGGAAGCUCCACAUGAGUGUGUUUGACUUUGACAGGUUCUCCAGACAUGAUAUGAUCGGGGAGGUGGUGGUGGAUAACCUUGUUGAGACGUCAGACCUCUCCAGGGAGACAGACAUUUGGAGGGACAUUCAGUACGCCACAACUGUAAGAACAUCUGUCUGUUUGUCUUUGACUCAAAGCAGAGUCGACAUAGCCUGAUCCCAGAUCUGUUUGUGCUAGAGUUAACAUUACUUACAUUUGAAAGCAGUUAUAAUAACGUCAUUCAAAUCAUAUGACCCCCCCCCCAGAACAAAAAGAUGAACAAAUGCGAGUUCAGCGUGUCAUAAAUCCUUUGUUAAAGUAGGAAUUUAUUCUAGUCAUAUGAAAUGACAGUAAUUAUAAGCUAAAGGCAUAAAAAGUACUUGUAAUCAUCGCAAAGGUCAUGAAACUGUCUGGGCGAAAAAUGUGAGCCCUCCAACGAGAUACUGAAGUGGUCAUUAUAUUUGACUGUAAUUCUAUUUGGACGGUGUCCUGAGGAUGUCUUGAUGAGUAGUGCACUAUGCUGUUGGCAUCAGUUUGGAUUCUAUUGGCGUCUUCAUCAAUCUGGCAUGACUCUGGCAUCUCUCUGGCAUCUCUCUGGUCUGAGGGGUACCUCUGUCAGAUUAUUUUAUGUGGCCAGUAUUGUUGGACUUCAGCUGCCUUAGAAGGGCAGUUCAAUAAUCCAGUAGUUAUUGCUAAAGUGGCAGAAAGCAGUUGGCUCGUUGCUUGACACACACAUAUUAUUGAACAAGGAAAGGACUCCCAGCCAAAACUCCCUCAACCACCAUCUUGUAUAAAGUAAUGUAUGCAGUAUGCAGACAAGGAAGGUUCUAAAUGUAAUUGUUGCAUUGAUGAUGCAGUAGCAGGCAUAAAGGGGUUGAGGAGUAUGUACUAGGCCUACCUGUUAUAUGAGCCUUGGACUGAAUGGAAGUACUGUUUACAAAUGGGGGAUGCAUCAAUAACACUGGAAUUAGGAAGAUCAAGUAUGUAGAGGCGGCUGAGGGCUGGGAGGAGGGUGGGGUGGAAGACUUAUUGACUUCAGGCAGUGUCUUAUAGCAUGUUUGAUUCAUACAAACUAUUUUGGGAGGGUUUUCUCACUAAUCAUAGGCCGCAGGAUGCAUAAAUGUGUAGGUAGGCAUGAUUUAUACAUCUAUAGGUAGGCCUACUGUAUCCAAUGUUUCAUCCUGUGGUGAUAAAUGAUAGUGGCUGAUCACAAACUCAGAGGAAGUGAAUGGGUGGGUCUGUAUUGCUUGAGAAUCAGCUUAAAUCUGAACUCUAAUCCUGGCUCAAACCCUAAAUGUAGCAUUUUUCCCUCAUAACACUGACCCUUGCAUCCCUUGGCUUUGCCUUCGCACCACACCCAACCCCAGCUUUAAUCCUGGCCCUUUGGCUACUGCAAACCUGCACUGAUGCCGUGAAAAGCAAUACUGUUUUAAAGAAAGGAGGCAUUAAUAACAGGUAAUAUUAUCUCCAGACAGAGAGGGCAAGGGGACAGUGUGUAAGCCAACUGUUUUGACAUUUCUGAAGUCUCCACAAUGAUUAAUUAGCGCCAUUUCAUAACUGUAACCCACUGUAAUUUUCAAUAUUGCAUACAGUUCAUGUACCACAGUAGAAUUCUAAGAUGCUCUAGUCUAAAAAGUAUUUUAUGUCACAUUUGCUGUGCACUCAUAUUAUUGCACAGAAUCCAACUUUGUCUUCAUCAACCAAAUUCCCUCUCCCAUUGGAGUGCUUUAGCUAAAUCAACUUUAAGUGCUUGAGACAUUAAGUCCACAUCCCAUCCCAAGUCAUGGGAUUCGUCAGUCAGAGGGGAGGCUCACCAUAGCCCAUUUGAAGUGAUUAGAACCUCACCAACCUUAAUGCAUGUUCAUGGGAUGAAGCUUAGUCAGAACACCCCGGGACAGAGUGAAAACAAAACUUUCACUCCACAUGAAAUACUAAUAUUACAUUUUAAACGCUUAAUCCUCCACAUUAAAUACUAUCAUUACAUUUUAAACGCUUAACACUCUACAUUAAAUACUAACAUUACGUUUUAAACUCUUAACACACCACAUGAAAUCCUAACAUUACAUUUUAAACACUUAACACUCCACAUUAAAUACUAACAUUACAUUUUAAACGCUUAACACUCCACAUGAAAUACUAACAUUACAUUUUAAACGCUUAACACUCCACAUUAAAUACUAACAUUACAUUUUAAACGUUUAACACUCCACAGGUGGCCAUAAUUAGACAUUUUUCACUGUCCUGCAGAUUUGUCUCUACAACUUCCUGAGCGUGAGCCUGAUACUCAGUUCUGUUUGUGAUGACAGGUUUCACACCAAUAUCUCUUGAGGGAUUUUGGAAUAGCAUUGGCUUCACAAUCCAUUUCCAUCGUAAUGUUAUUGCCCUUGCUCCAGUAGGGCCUGAAGGCAUCCUUCCAGUGCUGUGUGUCACAUCAGUUUGUUUCUCUGUUUGUUCCCACAGGAGAGUGUAGACUUGGGAGAGAUCAUGUUCUCACUAUGCUACCUGCCAACCGCAGGACGACUCACUCUCACUGUCAUCAAGUGCAGGAACCUCAAGGCCAUGGAUAUCACUGGAUACUCAGGUAGGCAAGCUUUAUGUGUGUGUGUGUGUGUGUGUGUGUGUGUGUGUCAUUGUUUUUCAUAAUGAGUCAAAGAAAAUAAACCCUGGCUGUAACAUAUCAAAUUAUAGAUGUUCUCAAAUGUUGAAUAAAAAGAGCAAACAAAGGGAAGUCCUCUCCAGCUAUUUUUAUUUCUGUGAGAAUCUAUUAAUAUUCACCACUGGCAAUAUGGAGAUGUCAUCUACAACUACUUACAGCCUAACAAUCUGCUGUUCCGUAUUCAGUUUAUAUUAUCAAUAACCAAAUAUCAUUAGAGGAAACAUGUUUGCGUGCGAAUUCAAGUGACAUUCACUCUGAGUUAAAUGUCACGAAUCGGGCAUUAUUUAUUCCAAACAAUUAUUGUAUUAUUUGUUAUUAUUUUUCCUCUCACUGUUAACGACAUUUUAACAAGUUUAAUAUCCCUUCUCAGUUGAGGAUUUAAAUGUCUCCCAAUUGUUGCUGGAUUGAACUGGAUCUGUGUGCAGUAAACCAUGGCUAGUAAAUUGUACCCUGAAGCAUAUUUGGUUGCAAAGCAAGCAGUCUUUAUAAUGUUGUGUAUGGAUCUAAGGCAGCUUACAUCUGACUAGUUUACUGACAUAAUGGAUUUUAGGAGCUGACGGAUGAAGAUUGAAAUCAGCAUUCACCACGCAUUCACUUUAUUCCAUUAAAGCACUAUUUCAGUGGCUUUCGCUUCCUCUGCUUUCAAUAACUGAGGUGUUUACUCAUCAAUAUCAAAUGUACAGAGAUUUAUUCCAGACCUUUUCAAGGAUGUUAUUGUUAUAUUUAGGUUCAAGUAAGCGGGGGAGUAUAAUACACAUGGGAAAUAUACUUUAAAUGGGAAAUGAAAUUGAUCGAUGCAGCUGCUGCAUCAAAAUGUAUGUGUUGAGUUAUGUUGAGGUCACUGUAGGCCUAAUGAGAAUAGCAUUAUGUUCUCACAUGCUGAAACAAUACCUGCAUGUUUUAUUAGUCGAAUGUACAGGAUACACAUGGUAUACAUCGUCCAACGAAAUGCUUACUUGCAGGUUCCUUCUUGACAAUACAACAAUAAGAAAUAAGAACAGAUAAGAAUAGGAACACAAAGUAAAUGGCUCAGUAGAAUAGAAUAAACAUCUCAGCAUAAUUAUAAUACAGGAAGGCACAAUUUAUAGUCCAAUAUUUACACAUGUUUUGGGGAAGGGGGGAUUGGGGGACAAGUGUUUAAAUUGUGCAGUAUUUAGCAAUAAUAAUAGGAGUCUGGUAGCAGCAGUUGGGAUGUGUGUCUAGCAUGAAUGUGUGUCUGUGUGUUUUUGGUUUUACUAUCCUUGUGGGGACCAGACAUUUCGCCGGUCCCCACAAGGAAAAAGCCUAGUUUAGAUGUAUAGCUUUAGGGUUACAAUUAGGGUUAGGGGUUAGAGUUUAGGUUUAGGGUUAGAAGUUAGGUUGAGGGUUAGGGUUAGUGUUUUGGGGUUAGGGUUAGGGUUAUCAUUAGGUUUAGGGUUAGGGGUUAGGGAAAAUAGGAUUUUGAAUGGGAAUCAAUUGUUUGGUCCCCACAAGAAUAGUAAAACAAACGUGUGUGUGUGUGUGGAUGAGUGUAUAUCUGUGUGGGUGUGUGUGUAAGUGAGUGAGUGCAUGUGUGCUAAGGUACGAAGAAUCAGUGCAGGUGGUCGGUCCAGUUCAAUUAUUCAGCAGUCUGAUGGCUUGUAGAUAGAAACUGUCUCUGAGCCUGUUGGUAUCAAACCUCAAGCUCCAUGUGGGGUCCUUGAUGAUGCUGCAUGUCAAAUGUUCUAGCGGUAAAUGUACAGAAUCUCUUUCUAAAUUGCACAAAGCAGAGGCUAACAUUGGAGCAUGAAAACACAAGGAGAUUUCUGGUGCCACGAUUGAUCUCAAGAUAAUGUGGCUAUAGAACUUACAUCCUGAUAAACAUCUUAUAUCUUUUUCUCUUUUCCACUUCAGAUCCCUACGUCAAAGUGUCUCUUGUCUGUGACGGGAGGCGUUUGAAAAAGAAGAAGACGACCAUCAAGAAGAACACUCUGAACCCCACGUACAACGAGGCCAUCAUCUUCGACAUUCCCCCAGACAGCAUGGACCACGUCAGCCUGCACAUCUCAGUCAUGGACUAUGACUUGUGCGUAUAACACUUUGAUUUAAUCUUGGCAUCCAUAAGAAAAAUCUGGCAUGCACGUUGGCCGGCUACUUGGUAACAGUCUGUCAAGCACUGUCCAAAAAAUUCAACUGGACGGUUCUCUCAGAAUAUUCAGCAUCUUUGUAGUCAGCACAAUACGGCCCCUAGAAUAGGACACUGCGUCGGAUAUCUAUUUUUUUUUAAAGAACAACACAACAAAUAGAAAGAAUAGGUCAGGAGUCAGGGAAGCAGAACAGUAACUAUAAAACAGUCAGUCACUAGAAGACCAGUACAGUGGAGGAGCUCUCUGCUCUGCCAGGAGAGGUGAAUGGUAGUAGGGCAGUGGUCGCCAACCGGCCGAUCAAGAUCGACUGGUCAAUCUCCAAGGCAUUCCUAGUCAAUCACCAAACGUCUGUAUAAAACAAAAACAACGAUAAAGCCUUGCGAUCCUAUUUGGUUGAAUGGAAGCUCAGAGGGUAGUCUUUAUCAACAAACAUGGCUGCUGCCGACUGGCGAACCGACUCUACUUUGAGGGUAUCAGCCAGGGCAUCCUUGUUUUGUAUCAGUCCGUCCCUUAGAUCCAGGAUUAUGAUGAGGAAGAACAGACAUCCCCUCUGGUCUGGUUCAACCUCGGAGGGGACUUUGUUGGUCCCAUUACCAUUUGUAGUUGUUGGAACACAAACCCUUUCUUCAUACCAUUUACAUUUCAGACAUUAUCUCUAAAAGAGAUAUGGAAAUGUCUCCUUUUAACUAUGACUCAGCUUUAUCUUCACAUGAACUGCACCUGCUAAUUAUCACCUCUCCCUUUUAACUUUACAUCUUGCAGCUGUAUCUUCUGAUAACUAAAUGUAUACUUGUUAUAAGGGUUGGAGAUGGGGUGAAAUAAUUUUGCCAAAUUAGCUUUUUUAAUGUGAAUGCAACGAUUUUACAUUGGUGGGUUCCCAGAAUAUUAUUUUCUUCAAUUUUGUAAUGCUUGUAAUACAAAUUCAGCUAUAAAAUCAAUCCUGCAUUAUUUUGUAAUGUAGUGUCUCUGAAGAGCAGGAUUAGCUGUACUGUUGUGUUGAUGUUGUGUGUGUUGUCUGGCCCCUGCAGUGUAGGUCACAAUGAGAUCAUUGGUGUGAACCGUGUGGGGUGCAGUGCUGAGGGGCUUGGCAAGGGCCACUGGAACGAGAUGCUGGCGUACCCACGCAAGCCCAUUGCACACUGGCACCCCCUACUGGAGGCCAAGAAAUCAGAGAAAGAGGUUAGUUCAAACAUCACGUUGCAGUGUGUGAAGAAUUUGUAGGCAUGAAUAUUGCAUAUAGUAAAAAAUAUAGAGACGUUUUUUUCAAGGAUCACACGUAGGAUAAAUAGUCAAUGUCAGAUAUUGUAACAGUGUAAUAUCUAUCGUCUAAUGAAGUGUGUGUGUGUGUGUGUGUGUGUGCGUGUGCGUGCAUGCGUCUGUGUCUGUGUCUGUGGGUGUGUGUAUGUCUGUGUGUGUCUGUGUACUGCAGUGGAAAACGCGGACGGCCAGUUUGGACAGCCAGGGUUCUUGCCCCUCCCCCAGGCCUCCUUCUAGCCCCUGAGCAGAACCACCUGUGACCCUAGUGAAACGGUCUCCUCUCUCUCCUUCUAAUCCCACAUCCUGUCUGGUCUGUCUGCCUGCACCUGAGGAGAAACAUAGCCCCACUCAGUCUCUCUCAGUCUUCACUCUCCCUCAAGUGUAGCAACAAAGUGCUCCCGUUCCCAAUAACUGAUCCUGGAUCAGCAUCUCUGUCAGUUGUUUUUGAAGUAACAAUGUUUUUUUUUGAAUUAAUAUGAAGUUUUGCAGUUAGGUUUACUGAUCUGGAGUCAAUCCCAGUACUUGGGGUGCUUUGGUUUGGUUUUAUCCUGAGCUUCUCUCAUCAAGUGAGUCCCCAAAGGGGGAGCUUGUUGUCUGAGUGGCACAACAGACUGCCGGAUCCGAGUGUAUCUAUCUAUGGGAGAGAGAGAGAGAGAAUACAUUUAACAUUUAAGUCAUUU